GCCUGCGAUGAGCCCCUUGAGACGAACCGCGCACGCCGCCCGGGGGGCUCUGCGGGCACACAGCUGCCGGCGGCUUCUCCGCCUCUUCCUCCCCGCAGUGGCUGAAGCGCGGACGUCGGGUCACGGAAGCGCUCCGACUUCGCCGGUCAGCGAAACCGACCCCACUAUCAUGGCUGCCGGGACCACCCGCCCUUCUCUCCGCACGGGAGGCGCGUCGCUCUGCGUAUGCUCCGCGGGAUCACGGGGUCCGAAGUCUAGCGAGCGCGUGGGAUCGUCAGUGCAGAAUUGCCGCGGCGAAAAAAGAGCGAUGGUAGCGUCUCUGCACUCUAUCGUUGCUGUGUGCAACAACAUGGGCAUCGGAAAGGACGGGAAGCUUCCUUGGCCCCCGCUCAGGAAUGAGUUUAAGCAUUUUCAGAAAAUGACAAUGACAACUAAAGAAGAAGGAAAGCAAAAUGUGGUAAUAAUGGGUAAGAAGACCUGGUUCUCCAUCCCUGAGAAACAUCGUCCUUUAAAAAACAGAAUUAAUGUAGUACUCAGCAAGGAACUGAAGGAUGUUCCUGAAGGAGCCCAUUACUUGGCUAAAAGUCUGGAAGAAGCCCUAGAUCUCCUAGAAACAUCAGAGAUGGAAAGAAAGGUGGACAAGGUUUGGAUAGUUGGAGGAAGUUCAGUAUAUAAGGCAGCAAUGGAGAAGCCAAUUCAUCAUCAACUGUUUGUGACAAGAAUUAUGCAUGACUUUGAAAGUGAUACAUUUUUUCCAGAAAUUGAUCUUAAAAAAUACAAACUUCUACCUAAUUAUACAGGUAUCCCUACUGAUAUCCAGGAAGAGAAUGGUAUUCAAUAUAAAUUUGAAGUUUAUGAAAAUACCAUCUAGACUUUACUUGAUUUGAGCAAAAUGCCUCUGUACAUCUAACUCUUUUUGCUGAAUUAAUCAAGACUUUUGUCUGCCUUUCAUCCUCUUCAAGAAGAAAAGAAGGUGCUGCUUCCUUCCCGCAUUAAUCGAAGCUAUCUUGAAACAACAAAAAAAGACAUUUUCCCAAUAGCAACUCUACUGAGAAUAGCUGCCUCUGCUGUAAACAAAAAAGAUUUAUUUGAAAAUAUGCUGCUGAAAAUCAGGAAGAGGAGCAUCAGCAUUGCAUUUUUUAUGCCAGAAAGCAGGUGAAAGUCAUGAUUCUGAAGGUACUAAGAUUUAUUUUCCAGUUAAUUUUAAUAAUUAAUAAGAUAAAACAAGUUUCUCUUCUGCUGUUCAAUUCUAGCUCCCUCAUUAUUGUUCACAGAGUACAACAUAAACUGCAGUAUAUGGAUGUACACUAUAUAAAUGUUCAUAAAUACUUCUAUUAAAUACAUUCCAUGUUUAUUCUUCAUUAAUAAAACAAUGGAUUCUGAA